UGGACUGGAAGGUUCCGGGCUCGAGCCCAUGGCGGAGACGGUGCCGGCGACGGCGCUGGACAUCGACGAGAUCCCCUUCGCCGACCUCCUCCUCCUGCUGCUCUCGCCGGAAGCGGCAGCAGCGGGCGACGCCGAUGGCCGGCGGCGCCGCCUCCUGGCCACCGUCUGGGCCGCGCUCGGCCCAGGCGGCACCGGGCUUCUGGCCGUCUCCGGUGUCCCGCGCGCCGCCAACCUCCGCCGCCGGCUCCUCCCCCUGGCCCGCCGCCUCGCAAUCAUGGACCACCCUUCCCGCGCCCACCUCCUCAAGAAGUACGGAUUGGGCAGCGACGUGCCUCUUAAGAAGCCCGACAGGUCCGUCUCCUCCUUCGCGCGGCUCCUAAGGCACGAUUCAGGCAAGCUCCACUCCCUGGAGUCGAUGUGCGAAGCCACCGGAGACACCGAGAUCAGGCCUGGUUGUCCGGACGGGGAACAAAAGGGUGAUGCUGAUGAUGACAUGGAGAACCUUGGUGAUCUUUUCAAGGAGCUGGGUCUGUGCAUGAUGGAGCUUGGCAUCUUGGUUGCCCGGGCCUGCGACAUUGUUAUCGGUGGGAAUCAGCUGGAGCAGAGCAUUACCGACUCUGGAAGCGCAAAGGCGAGGCUCAUCCACUACCACUCUGAGUUGGAUAACAGGAUUAUCAAGGAGAUGAGCAGCACAAGGAGGAAAAACUUGGCAAACAAUGCAGCAGCAGCAAGACCUGUAUCGGAUCACAUGGAUACAUAUCAAAUGCCAGGAUCAGAAAGAUCGAAAAAAGAUGGGAUGGCCGUUGUAAAGUCAGCCGAAGAAAAUGAGUCCCAAGGUGCCGCAGUACAAGGUCAUGUCAGCACGAUUUCUCUUGUGAACUUAUGGCAAGAGUGGCACUACGACUAUGGAGUGCUGACAGUCUUAACAGCGCCAUUAUUCUUGCGCUCUGCUCUCGGACAGGAAUGCCCGGUCAGCGAAGAAUGCUCUGUUCCUGAUGGGCACUCACACCUGCAGCUCUUCAGUAAAAGGAGGAUUUUCUCAGUGAGAUGCUCCCAGGAGAGCUUUAUUGUUCAGGUUGGGGAGGCAGCAGGCAUCCUGUCAGGGGGGAAACUGAGAUCUACGCUUCAUGCUGUCAGUAGACCUUUAGGCUUGCCAAACAUCAGCCGAGAGACUUUCGUGGUUUUCCUACAGCCGUCAUGGGACAAAACUCUACCUUUCUCGGGUUACUCUUGUGCCGAUGAAGAUGAUUCAAGUGAUCACAUGGAAUUGGCUUUCAGGGGUGAUGGACCAGCCGGGUGUUGUGGUGAACAUAUACUGAUGCAGGAGAUUCUGAAGAAGAUCCCCCCGCUGUCGUCAAGGCUGAAAGAAGGAAUGACGUUUGCAGAGUUUUCUAGGCAGACAACAAAACAGUAUUAUGGUGGUGGAGGCAUCCAACAAAACAGUUAACCAGAAGACGUAUGGUGAUGGAAAUGCAUCUCAUACAAACCGUAAUGAAGUACUGAGUUCUACACCGUAUGUUGAGAAUCCACUCUGUAAUUACUCCAUGCCACAGUAUGCACUUUUUAUCUUUGUUGAUGGCUUAUUUUCUCGUGCAGUUGUGAAGUCACAGUGUUUCGACCUCAAAAGUGCUGGUUUCCAAUAGUUCAAAGUUCUUGUGUUAGUAAGUUUAGCUUCCUAAACUGAUAUUGAUGAUAGAGAUGUAAAAAAUGCUUACUUGCUCAGUUGUAAAAAAUGUUAAAUAUUUCAAAACUA